AUGGCUACCAACGCUGCGUCGUACAAUCCAAUUGGGGAAGAGACCGGUCCAGUCACAGGGCAGCCACCUGCUGUCUCAAAGGAAACUAAAGUUGCACUUGUAAAUGCAGCAGAAUUCAGCGCAACCGGUUCACAUGUGCCAGGACAAAACGCGGCUCCUGUAGCUGGUGAAGGGGAAAAGAAAGUGAAAAGCGAGAAAGAGCUUGAGAGAGAGCGCAAGAAGGCAGAGAAACAAGCUAAGUUUGAUCAAAAAAAGCAAGCCCAACAGGCAAAUGCUGCUUCAGCUGCAUCAAGCAAGAAUAAGGAGAAGAAAGCCAAAGCCGAAAAGAAGGCUGCUGAGGAAGUAUUGCCAAAAUACGUCGAGGAUACUCCGGAAGGGGAAAAAAAGAUUAUAAAAUCUUUUGACGACCCUCAAUACAAGGCAUAUAAUCCAAUCGCUGUUGAAUCUGCUUGGUACUCAUGGUGGGAGAAAGAAGGCUUUUUCAAACCAGAAUUCACAGCAGAUGGAGAAGUCAAACCAGAAGGAUCUUUUGUAAUCGUCGAGCCACCGCCCAACGUUACCGGAAAUUUACAUAUGGGUCAUGCUCUUCCCAACGCUUUGCAAGAUUUACUCAUUCGUUGGAACCGUAUGCAUGGCAAGACAACACUCUGGCUUCCAGGAUGUGACCACGCCGGCAUUUCCACUCAGAGCGUUGUUGAGAAUAUGUUGUGGCGCCGCGAGCAAAAGACUCGUCAUGAUCUUGGAAGACCUAAGUUCGUUGAGACUGUCUGGGACUGGAAGGAUGAAUACCACAAAAAGAUCAACGCCGUUCUCCGAUACGAUAAGAAAGUGGAAUUUGGAGUCAUCGUUCACUUCCAGUACCAAAUCGAGGGAUCCGAGGAAAAGAUUGAGGUUGCUACAACUCGUGUUGAAACCAUGUUAGGUGAUACUGGUAUUGCAGUCCAUCCUGACGACGCCCGUUACACACAUCUUGUUGGAAAGAAUGCCAUUCAUCCUUUCAUUGAAGGACGACUAAUGCCAAUCGUUGCCGAUACCUAUGUUGAAAAGGACUUUGGUACCGGUGCUGUCAAGAUUACCCCAGCUCACGACCCGAAUGAUUUUGCUCUUGGUCAACGCCACAACCUUGAGUUCAUCAACAUCUUGACCGAUGAUGGUAAGAUGAACGACAAUGCAGGCCCUUACGCCGGGCAAAGGCGUUUCGAUGUUCGUUACACUAUCCAGGAAGAUCUAAAGAAGGCUGGUCUAUACGUUGAUAAGAAAGACAAUCCGAUGACUGUCCCGCUAUGUGAAAAAUCGAAGGAUGUGAUUGAGCCAAUGUUGAAGCCGCAGUGGUGGAUGAAGAUGAGAGAAAUGGCGGAUGAGGCUAUCAAGGUUGUGAAGUCUGGCGAGAUCAAGAUCAAGCCCGAAUCAGCCGAGAAGAGUUAUCUUCGAUGGAUGGAAAAUAUAAACGAUUGGUGCUUAUCCAGGCAACUGUGGUGGGGCCAUCAAGCACCUAUGUACUUUGCUCAAAUCGAAGGUGAUGAGAAUGAUGAGGGUAAUGGUGAUCGGUGGUUCGCCGGCAGAACACAAGAGGAAGCAGAAGCUAAGGCCAAGAAGGCCCUUUCGGGUAAGACUUUCACACUCAAGAGAGACGAGGAUGUCUUGGAUACCUGGUUCUCAUCUGGUCUCUGGCCUUUUGCUACUAUGGGUUGGCCAAAAAAGACAAACGAUUUCGAAAAACUUUACCCAACAUCAGUACUCGAGACUGGCUGGGAUAUUUUGUUCUUCUGGGUUGCUCGAAUGAUUAUGUUUGGUAUCAAGAUGACUGGCAAAGUGCCGUUCACAGAAGUAUACUGCCAUUCUUUGGUUCGAGACUCUGAUGGUAGAAAGAUGUCGAAAUCAUUAGGCAACGUCAUUGAUCCUCAAGAUGUAAUCCAAGGUAUCGGUCUUGAGGAUUUACAUGCCAAGCUUUUGAUCGGUAACCUUGCCCCUGCAGAAGUUGAGAAGGCGAAGAAGUAUCAGAAAACCGCUUUCCCUGAUGGAAUUCCAGAAUGCGGUACUGAUGCUUUGCGAUUUGCGUUGGUGUCCUACACGACUGGUGGGGGAGAUAUUGCAUUCGACAUCAAGGUCAUUCACGGAUACCGAAAGUUCUGCAACAAGAUCUAUCAAGCGACAAAAUACGUGGUUGGCAAAUUGCCUGCCGACUUCGUUCCGCAAAAGACUGCAAAGCUCACAGGCAGGGAGUCUUUGUCUGAGCGCUGGAUCUUGCACAAGAUGACAAUGGCCGCGAAAGAAAUCAACCAAAAUCUCGAAGAGCGUGAAUUCAUGCGUUCAACAACUGCUGUUUACCAAUAUUGGUACAACCAGUUGUGCGAUGUAUACAUUGAAAACUCUAAAGCAAUUCUUCAAGACGGCACCGAAGAGGAGAAGAGAUCUGCUACUGACACUUUGUACACUGCUCUUGAAGGUGCUUUGACCAUGAUUCAUCCUUACAUGCCUUUCUUGACUGAAGAGCUCUGGCAACGACUUCCUCGACGUCCAGAAGACAAGACCCCGUCUAUCGUUCUUGCAAAAUACCCAGUCUAUGAAGCAGGCUUAGAUGAUCCUGCAUCUGAAGCAGCUUAUGAGCUUGUUCUGGGUGUAUCCAAGGGUAUUCGAUCUUUGAUGUCUGAAUACUCGCUUAAAGAUGAAGGAAAAGUGUUCGUUCAAGCCUACGAUACUACCUCCCACUCCACAGUCACAUCUCAAGUUCAGUCUAUAAAGUCUUUGUCCGGUAAAGGUGUAUCGUCUUUGGAAGUACUUUCCUCAACCGAUGCUCGCCCAGCAGGUUGUGUAGUAUUCUCCGUGUCCUCCGCUGCCGCUGUCUUCUUGCAUGUCAAAGGCCGCGUAGACAUUGAUGGCGAGAUCCAAAAGGCAGCUAAAAAGCUAGAGAAGACUCGCGCAGGUGUUGAGAGACAGAGAAAGAUUCUUGAUGAUCCCGCAUACCAGGAGAAAGUUAGCAAAGAGUUGCAAGAAAUAGAGAGGAAGAAGCUCGCAGAUCUUGAAACUGAACAGCGUGGUUUUGAGGAGACUAUAAAGCAAUUCGAGACUUUAAAGCUAGAGUAA